GCGGAAGUGGGGGCGGAGAAGUGGGGUUUGGCCUGUCCGGGCGGUGGAAGCCGCUGUAGCUGUGGUACUGCUGGCGGACUUGGCGGGGCCCAAUGGCCUCCGCGAGCAUCGAUAUCGAGGACGCGACUCAGCAUCUCCGAGACAUCCUCAAGCUGGAUCGGCCGAGCGGUGAGGCUCUCGGGCCGGGACCCUAAAAAGGAGGCGGGGGUUUUUCCUUGGAAGCAGCUCCUUUGGGGAGUGAGUGGCUGAAAUGAGGCUCGUGGUCUCGGGCGGCUGUGCUCCCCUUUGCUCAGCCCAUCCCGCGUGAGCGGGAAGGCGCCAACGGCGCUGGCAGGAGAGCGGGAGGCGACGGGCGGGAGAAGAGCCCAGGGGGUCGCGAUCCUAUAUACACGCUUAUUUGGGAGUAAACCCAACGGAGCAUGAUGGGAUUUGUUGUCUGGUUGUGCCGGGUUACGGUAGGGGGUUGCAAUCCUGCGUCUACUUGUUUGGAAGUGAGCCUCCUUGAGCACAGUGGAGACCUACUUAUGAGUAACCAGAACUCAAGGAUGGGGCUUCCCGUUUGGGGCCAAAAAGUCCCAUCUGACUAAAAAGGUCCUCUGCAACUGUGGCUCCUGCAUCAGUACUUUCUGCUCUUUUUGGUGGAGUGUGGUGCUCAGCUUUCUUUCAAACGUGGCUGCCUCUUUCUACCCCACCCCCUUCAUGUUCUGCUUCUGCCCCGCCCCCUUCUUUAAUGGAGCAGGCACUUGGUUUGACUUUGACUGCUUGUUUUUUCAAAGGCCAUUUCCCCCUGCAGCUUAAGCCUGCAGCCCAGAGUCUGGUGUCAUAUAUCUGCAGAUGCUUGUGAAGGCACUCUAGGCAAGGUGUGGUUGGCCAGGCCGCUCAAGCUGGCGCUGAGAAUGAACAACCAGCGAUUCAGUACUGUUAUUCUAUGGCUCUUUAACAAAUACUGGAUGACUUGACCUUUCCUUAAUGUACGUUCUUUGGUUUCUUUGUUUUUGUAGUCAUAUUCCGGUUGCAAUUCUCUGUAUUAAUAGUUGCUUUUGCUACAUUUCUCAAGUUGGAAGGAGGACUGAGCAAUAGUGUUGUCAGAUCUAAACCCUAUUUUACGACUUGGUAGGAUCUUGUAGGGCCAGAAAAAAAUGGUGGCCUUAUCUGACUUACCAAAUCAGGAGUUAGCCACUCCUGCUGUAGAUCAUAACAUUUUUGUAUACUGAACAUAUAUCUGGUAUGCCUGGUCUCCCACUCCUAUGUCUUGUUUUUUUUCUACCCAGCUGCAUUCAGAAUUUUUUUUUGGAGGGGGCACAGUUAGUUGUGGUACUCCACAAGUUGUGUUUCUCAACAACUACAUGAAGGUGCUGGGAAAUAUUAUCAGGGCUUUGGAGUUGGAUAUAAUUAACAAGAAGGUGACACCCAGGUUUCUAGUUCAUUAUGUAAGUUUCCAGCAAUGGCUGCCUCAGAUCUGAACAGUGUGAGGAGGCCACAGGCAAGUGGAUGAUAUAAACAAAACACUUGAGAUUGAAUCCAGACAAGGCAAAGAUGAAGGUAGGGUUAAGACUGUGGCUCAUGCUAGAGUCAUGCCUGAGCAGCUUCCUUACCUAUCCAGAGGGAGGUCUGGGCAGUGCUCCAGGAUGUAUCCAGUGCUGGACAUGACAAGGCAGCCAAAUCAAAUAGUGCCCUUGCUGAGACACUAUCUCCCCACCGAUAGGUGGUCUACCUGGUUAGUAUUGUGGUAAGAAUGAUGUGCGGAUGGAGUGAUGGACAAAGUUGAGUGAGUAGCUUUCUAGUUGUGGAAUCUUCAUAAAUUUGGAAAUAUCUGCAGUGCAGAGUAUGGGAGAGGUUUGUCUUUAAAGGGAUAGUUUGGAAUGCACCUGUUGCUUUAGUAAAGUGUGUCUAAUUAGCAUGCUGUGCUGUACGUUAUUUGAGGAGGAAAUCACAACAUUUCUGCCUUGAAAACUGCAUUAGCCUCAUAAGUCAUGAACAAGAACAUUGGUGUAUGGGGGCAAUGUUGUCUUUCUCCAUUGGUGUAAAAACAGCUGAAUGGCUAGUAUGAAUAUGAUAUACCUAUCUGCACAUAUUAUAAUACUAAUACAGUAUACUUAGGUUUUUUCUUUUGCUUUUCUUCUUUUCUUCUUUUCUUUUUUCUUUUCUUUUCUUCUUUUUGUAAGGAUUAAAAGCAAUAAAUAUUAUUUUUAAAAAAAAAAAUAGGUGCAGGAUGCAUCCUAGAUUUUUAUCUGAACUUCUCCUGUGCCAGGCAGAUUCCUCCCUUUUUGUCUUUUGUGAGAUACUGUUUCCAUGGUGCUUGCAGCAGUAACCAUUUCAUGUGAGCAGCAUACUGUGCCUGUUGACAUUUCCUGCCAUAACCUCACCCAGCUCUGUUGGGCUAAAUGGUGGCGUUUAGUUCCUACUGUGCUGCAUGUAUAUUCAGCUUUUGAGCAAAGGCUCUGCUGUAAAGUAUUCACCAAUCUCUUAAUUAUUUGUAGGAAGGACUUACUAUAUUCAGAUCACUGACAUAUCCCAGGGCAGAGUGUGGAUUGAUUGCAGAAUUACUGGGGGUGGAGGGCAAUGAUAUGGAUAUUAACUCAAUUUGCAGUAGGCAAUUUUUUUAUUCUAGUGGAAAAUAGGAAAUGCCUUUGCUACUAUUACUUUCCUUUCCUUGAACUUGCUCUGGAUUUUCAUUCCUCCAGUAGGCGUUAUCUUUGUUAUUCAACCGUCCCUGUAACCACAAGAAACCAUGUGAAACUAAGUGAAAUGAAAGCGAAAGUUGAUUCUUAGUAUUCUGUGUGAUUCACUGAUCAGCAUAGGAAUAUAUAGACAUCGUUCACUGCUGUUCACUGCUUUAUACCAAGCCAGAGCAUUGAUCCAUCUCACUCAGUUUUGAGUCUACCCAAAUUGGCAGCUGCUUUCCAGUCAGACUUCAGGCAGGAUCCUCAAUUGAGAAUCUUUCCCAGCCCUACCUGAAGAUGCAAGGAAUUGAACCUGGGACCAUUCGCAUGCGAAGCAUGUGCUCUGCCCCUGAGCUUAUGACCAUAGGCAUGUACAUUUUCAUACAAGGCUGGGACCCCAUUUUCACGGAGGGUCCUGUGUUCUGGUUGGGUGGAAUUUACAUCGUAUGUGAGGCAGGCAGCUGACAACGGCCAGCUCUGCCUUUCCUCAACAUGCCUUCUGUGUCUCCUCAGAUUAUGGCUUGGCAAGGGGGGGGGGACUUGGCCUGAGGAGGGCAGAGAGGGAACUUUCCCCCUGUGGUCCAUUCACUGUCUGUACAGAACUAACCAUUGUGUGCUCUGCCUACGUGCCACCCACCCACCUUUCCUCUUCUCACGGUGUUACUUUAUGGCAUUGAGCCAUGCUGCACUCUAGUAUGAAACUAGCAUUAGCCAUCAGUUAAGGGGACUGGGUAGGAAUUUUACCCAGGAUCAUCAGCUGACUUCUCUGGCCCUGGGUUUUUGGAUUCUUCACAAUAAUCCCCUGGCUCAAGAUGGCUGAAGCUAUUGAUUUUGACCUUCUAACAUCUACCCAGCAGGAUUGCUGAGCCCCAACUUCUGACAGCACAUGAAACAGUAGAAAUAGGUUCUGUCCCAUAUGUCCUGUUUUGCUACUGGUAAACCUGCCUAAAAAAGUUGUUUUUUGUCUUUUCUCUAAUUCCGCGGCCUGUUUGUUUCUAACUCCCUUCCCAGGUCUAUUCUAGCCUUCAGGAAAAAACAGAAGUCAGCAUCUGGAAUUGCAGUUAUCCAGAGAUUUUUAAGCGUCCUGGCAAAAUCAUAUAGCCUCAUCAAGAGUUUGGGGACCACCUUUCCCCACACAAUCCUCCCCAGUUGAAGCCUAGGCAUCAAGUGGUGUUGCUGGCUCCAUGCUUACGGCUCAUUAGGAUAGGCACAGCUAGAAGGCAAGCCUUCUCAGUUAUGACUUCCAAACUUGGAAACCAGAAGAGAAGCAGGCCACAAUUUUCAUUUUCCCUGCUCACCCUUCCAUUCUCCUCUAUUCUCAUAGUAUGGAGGCUUCUCACUGAACUAGAGUGGUUAGAGGAACUACCUCUCCAUUGAGCUUUCAUAGCGAUCCUAAAACUACACACAAAGACUAUUCUAAAAUAGUCUUUGUGUGUAGUUAUGUCAUCAUCCAUCAUGCUUUUAUUGAUUAAUAAUAAUAAUUAAUAAUUCUAUACCACCCUUCAUCCAAGGAUCAUAGGGUGGUUUACAAUAUAAAAUCACAAAAAUAUGUAGUAUACUAACAAUACCAAAAAACAAACCCCAACACACAGUUUAAAAGGCAAUAGUUUGUUUAAUUAGCCAAAGGCCUGGGACAGGGGUCUGCAACCUUUAAGACAAAAAGAGCCACUUGGACCCGUUUCCGAAGAAAAAAAAACCUGGGAGCCGCAAAACUCGUCAUUAAAAAAAUAACUUUUUUGUCACUUUUUUAUUAUUUCUUUGUUUGACCCCUCAGAAUUACUUCUCCUCAUAGAAAUAAACGUUAAAUUAACAAGUUAGCUUUUUUUGUGUGUGUGUUCUUCACUCCCCUUCAAAACAGUGACCAGCGUACAUGCCCCCUUUCAAUGCAGUGACCAGCGUACAUGCCCCUUACAAUGUGGCGGGCGGGAAGGUGACGUCGGGACGGUGCGUGACUAAUGCACGCACCGCCCCCAUGCGACGUCACAGCCAGUACAGCGCCCGCCACAGUGGGGAGUGUCGGGGCGCACAAUGCGCCUCCUCCCCUCAUUAGUAUCCGCCCCGGAGCCGCGGCAAAGGUGUAAAAGAGCCACAUGCGGCUCCGGAGCCGCAGGUUGCAGACCCCUGGCCUGGGAGAAGAGGGAUAUAUUUUUGCCUGGUGCCUAAAGAUAUGUAACACAGGCUCCAGGCAAGUCUUCCUGGAGAGAGCAUUCCACCAACAGGGAGCCACUGCAGAAAUAUCCCCUUCCUGUGUUGGCACACUCUGGACCAUGGGUAGGCAAAUUAAGGCCCGGGGGCCGGAUCUGGCCCAAUUGCCUUUUAAAUCUGGCCCACGGACGGUCAGGAAAUCAGCAUGUUUUUACAUGAGUAAAAUGCAGCUCUGGGUUAUUUGUGGGGCAUAGGAAUUUGUUCAUUUUAAAAUAUAUAUAUAUAGUCCAGCCCCCCACAAGGUGUGAUGGACAGUGGACUGCCCCCCUGCUGAAAAAGUUUGCUAACCCCUGCUCUGGAUCUUUCACGAAGGAGGCCUCACAAAGAAAGGCCUCAGAUGAUGAUUGCAGAUGAUGAUUAUUGGCUCAUAUGGGGAGAGGCAGUCCUUGGGGUAUUGUGGUCCUAAGCUGUUUAAGGCUUUAUAGGUCAAAACCAGCACUUUAAUUGGGCCCAGAAACUAAUCGGCAGCCAGUGCAGUGAGGCCAAGAUUUGCGUUAUAUUCUCAAGCCGUCUUUCCUUGAGUAAAACACUUGCCUUUUUAUCGUAGAGGAGAACCACUGAUUCAGAUUUUCUGUCCUUGGACAGAAUAUUUUUCAUAUCUUCUCUAGAACAUUACUAUCUUGAUGGGCUCCUUGUUUCCUGUUUCAGUAGAAAGAGAGAAAGUUUGGCAUUUCUUUUGAAUGAAACCACUCUCCCAUGUUAUGUUCUUUUCAUCUGGGACAGGGGACCAUCAAAGGGAGACUAUGGUUCAGAAACUUUCAUGACCCUUUAAAUGGCUGCAUAAAUGUGAACAUUGGCUCUGUCCCCCCCCCCCCCAUUUAGGUUCAGUCAACGAAAACCAGAGAUCAUCCACUUCAUACAAUGGAGACCUGAAUGGUUUGCUGGUGCCAGACCCCAUAGCAUCUGGAGAUGGAGCUUCCUUGACGAAGCCAGUACCCCAAGCAGUUUCUCUGGGAGCACUUCAGGAGAAGCAAGUCAUGUAGGUAUCUUGGUGGGAGAAAGUGGAGAGCUUGUCAUGGGUCUGCUAAAAAAUUUCAGCUCGGUAAUUGCUCCUACAAAGACUGGGCUUCCAGCUUUCUUGAUUACUGCUUCAAAGUUGUGUAACAUUGUUUGUAGCUUCUGUUCCAGAGAGACUCAAAUUUAAGAUGGUGUGUUGUCUUCACAGUUGAGGGACUACAUUCAUACAUAGCUUAAUGGGGAUACAUUUUGUACAGUAAUGGAGGCUUCAUUGACAGUGACUGGGAUUGAGGUUUGCAACUUGUGGUUUGCAUUGUUUUCUGUCUUGUGUUGCGUCCAGUAAAACACUCAUUUCUCCAUGCAAGAUCAUUUGCAGCAGGAAAGACAAGUGGUAAAAUUGCUACUUCAUAGUAACAGGCAUGUUUGUUUAAAUUGGGGGCCUUCAGUAGUCUUAUCCCUAACUUUUCCCUAGCUCUCCAUAACAAAAGCUGUUUGUCCUUGAGGCCUUUUGUUUUGACUACUUCUUCUCCUUUUCUUUUAGCUGCCUCUCUGGAGAUGAUAGCUCUACGUGUAUGGUGAUAACCGCUAAAGAUGUUGAGAUAGUAGCCAGCAGUGACUCUAGCAUCACCAGUAAAGCUAGAGGGAGCAACAAGGUAAAAGGGGAAAGAUUCAUCUGGACAAUGUACAAAACCAGUUGGGGCAGCACUUGCCAUCUUUUCAAGCGUGUAAAGCAGGGAUGGGGAAUCUGAGAUCUUCCAGAUGUCAUGGGACUACAACUCUCACCAUCUCUUACCAUUGGCCAUGCUGAAUGGAGCUGAUGGGAGAUGGAGUCCAACAUCUGGAGACCUGGUUCCUCAUCCCUGAUUUAAGGAGUCAGUGCCUGGAUUGCUGGUGAAUGAGGCUGAAGAGCGUAAUAAGUUGGAGGGGUGGAUUGAGUAUUGUGGUGCUUCUCUUAGACUUUUUUUAAAAGCAGGCAUUCAUGCCUCAGCCUUGGAAUAGCCUGUUUUCUGUGCUUAUUAGCAUUCCCCCUAAUGUUCAGUGGUGAUAGGCCUGGGGAAACCUAAGUGCCAUGGGAAGCCUUUGUUCACAAGAAAAUGGUUGUGUGAGGUUGGGGAUUGAGGCACUAGCUUCAAACUGCUGUCUUGGGCUGGUUCAGUUGUAGCGUUUAACCACUUGUUGAUAUAUGAAAACGUCCUUAAGAAUUCCCACAUCCCUGAGUUCCUUUCCACUCACCUUCCUUUCACAUGCCAUGAUUCCCUCCCUGCCUUCUCCUGGUUUAUGACAAACUGUAGCUUGCAAUUUCAUCUGAAACAGUUUCUGCAAACCAGAGAGGGCAGUGGGAAUUGUGGUACCUGGGAAGAAGGAUUAUGGUGUAAGAGCCCAAAGGUCCCUAAAGACUCGUUCACAUAGUGCCACAUAGAGCACAUACUUUCCAUGCAGAAGGUCUCCAGUUCAGUCCCCAGCAUCUCCUGAAGAAGGGAACAGGAUUGGUGACUCCUGAACUAGGUGUUGGCUGUUUCCUCUCUCCUCAGCAUAUAUAGAUGAUAUUACAGUUUUAUGUUCAGCGAUGGAUGCCUUGUCCCUAUUUUGGCAAAUGUUGAAUUUAAUUCCACACUUCAGCUGGUCUUUGUUUUUCUUUUUGCCCUCCAGGUAAAAAUCCAGCCAGUGGCCAGGUAUGACUGGGAGCAGAAAUAUUACUAUGGUAACCUGAUUGCUGUGUCAAAUGCCUACCUGGCAUAUGCCAUUAGAGGUGAGGCAUCUCUCCAUCAACUUGGUUCUUUUGGCUAGGCUAGGUUUCUUGCAGCGGCCUUGUGUUGGGCUGAGGUCCUCUUGCUUUCCCCACAGCUGUAGAGAGUGCACUGGCAUUGCCUAAGCCAUCUUAACUGUCAUAUCCUUGUUGCUGUUCUUUGACAGGUGCCAGCAAUGGCUCUGCAAUGGUUCGGGUCCUGAGCGUUAGCACGGCAGAGCGAACCCUGCUGAAGGGCUUCACAGGUGGAGUGGCAGACCUGGCUUUUGCUCACCUCAACUCCAACCAGCUCGCUUGCCUGGAUGAAGCUGGCAACCUCUUUGUCUGGCGCCUGGCCAUGGAGAAUGGAAAAAUCCAGUAUCUUAUCUCUCAGUACUGUUCUUCGUAGGAGAUAGCUGCAGUGUUGUUAGAUACUGAGGCAGCUUUGUAACUACAAGAUAGGAAGUGGGCACUGUUUAUUUCUGUAUCUUAGGCAGGGAACCUGUGACCUUCCAGAUAUUGUCAUUCUUAGCCACUGACCAUGGUGCCUGGGGCUGAUGGGUGUUGACAACUGAGAAAAACUGGAAGGCCAAAGUUUCCCCAUCCCUGCCUUAAAGAGAUGUACUAGUAUUUACGUACUAGUAUUUAUUUCUGCCAGCCAGCAUCCAGGCAUUAUACAUAUUUUCUUCUUGCAAGUUAUCCACUCAGGAAACAAGACUCUGACUCCUUGUAUUGUGACUCAAAGUACCCCUUCGGCAGUAACAAUUGUAGCUUAAUAAACUAUAGCUCAUUAAGAUGAGAAUAAUAAAUUAUUACUGUUAUUAUUAUUGUUGUGCUUAAAUCACAAUUACCCAUUACAUCCAAACCAGGAAGCUGUGGUUUAAUCCUAGUUUACUACCUAGCACAGGGCGGCCCAACUUUUCAUACCAAGUGGGCCGCAAAGUACUUCAAAACGGAUCCUGCGGGCCACACACUGCAUUGUUGCAUAGUGGGUGGAGUGAGACCAAAAUCUGAUGCCCGCAUCCCCCACUCAGCCCUCACACUGCCUUCCCAAAGCCGACUAGGCAAAGCUCUGUGUUUGUUUCUACUACAUCUGGGAUAAAUCACAAAGCAGUUGAUACUACAAAGGAAAGUGAUUUGUAGCUGUUCCUUAACUUUGUGAUCAGAGAGGAGAUCCUGGUAAACAUCAAGCGACCUGAUGGGACUCCUCUGAACAGCUCCCGGAGGAUCAUAUGGUGUCCCUUCAUCCCAGAUGAGAACGAGGAGAGCUGUGAGGAAGGCAGUCAGACCCUGGCACUCUUACAUGAGGAUAGGGUAAGUCUUGAUUUUUUUUCUUUCGUAAGGCGGUUGUUCGUAUUGAGGUACUAAUAAGUUGUAGAUAAGGAAUUAGAAAGAUGUGCCCCAUGGUUAGGUCAAUUUUCCAGGUUCUUAUACAUCCAUGCACAAAGCACCUCACAGCAUGUAAACUGGUACAAGUUUAUCAAGUCAGCCUCUGCUUUUAUUUAAGUAAGUCUGGCAAGUGUGGUUGUGUUGUGCUAUUUUUGGGUGUAGUACUUGAGAGGAAUAAACACAGGAGAUGGUGCAGAGUUCAUGGGAAGAUAGUGAAUGCAGAGCGAGGUGGUAACUGGAAUGGCAGGUGACUUUUAUGUUCACUCCUGGCAGAGCUUCAGUAUGCAGUUUAUGUGCUUCCUUCUUCUCUUCAUUUUGCAGGCAGAGGUUUGGGAUCUUGAUAUAAUCCGAGCCAAUCAUAAUUCAUGGCCAGUGGAAGUGACCAGCAUCAAAGAAGGCUUUAUUGUGGUAAAAGGUCACAGCACGGUAAGAGUUCUGCUGCUGUCAUUGGUGUCUGUUUCCCGUUACAGAGCUGAGCCAUCUGUUACGUAUGUUUAAUUCCUUAAUCCAACAGUUUUCAAUAUUCUGAAGAGGCCUGUGGCUUUAUCCACUUGGUUUAUGGGAUCAAUGGCAAAAGGGUCUGAGUGUGUGAGCUAUUAGACCAGAAACAGAGGACCUUUGGCUCUGCAGAUUUUGCUGAACUACUACUCCUAUCAUCCCUGAUCAUAGACAUGUUUGCUGGGGCUUAUUAGACUGUUGCUGAGUUCCUGCUUUUCCCAUAUGGCAAAGAACAGGCCUUUAUGACUGGACAAGUAAAGAUGGCAUCUUUUUCACCUUUCCAUUGUGUGGUUUUGUGACAGUUUUUCCCUCCCCCUCAAAGCACUCUUGUUAAGGUUAUGGGUGGAAAACUUCCAGCCUCUUCUUAAGGGGGCUCUUUGUAUGGCACAGCUUUAUGUCUUGCUUUAACAGCACUGGGGACAAAAGAAGCCUCCUUAAAAUGGGAAGUGAGGUGAGAGGGCACAGCGUGAUGUUUGAGAGCAUGACUGGGUAAGAGUCCUGCUGUGAAUGGAAAGGUGCUUGACACUUCACUGAUCCAAAGAUGCAUGAGGUAGUGGGAGAAGUUAAAAUAGUCAGAGCCAGAGGGAGUCAGUGCAUUGAUGGCAGCUGAGCACAAGAUGGUGAUGGAGGCUGUCACCUGGAGAAAACAGAAUGAAAAAGUACUGUAACAUAUAUUCCCCCAAAUGUCUUAAUUUUUUAUCAACAUACUGAACACCCGGGAAAUCGAAAGUACUUUGGCUCAAAUUGGCAAUAUGUGCUGCUGCUGAUAUAAAAGUUGAUAAGCAUUCACUGUAUAAAAAGAAAGAAGGAAAGAAACAUCAGGUUAUUAAUAUGAUUCACAUGUAUAUCACAACCAUGUUGGUUUUUUUCACAUGUAACACUAACUCGUAACUUUGCUUUGUUGAACAAACCAGGAUGACAGAUGAGCAAAGUGACCACAGCUUAUUUCACCUUACAUUGGUUGCAUUUUCUAAACACUUGUGCAUCUGUAGCUGGGUCAUGGUCUGGGGUGGGGUACCAAAACAAACCAGGAUUAAGUUCAGGUGUAAUAAGAAGCCAUGGUUAUUGCAAGCCACGAUUCAUAAGCCAGUUUUAAACCAUGAUUACAUACAGUAUUCUGGUUUCUUGGCCACAAACAAACCACAGUUGACCAGGUUGGGUUCCGGCAUACAAGCAAGCACAUUUAAGCUAAAUAAACCACAUCUUAGCAUUGGGUGCAAACCAGGUCAUUGCUUUGUAUUUCAUUGAAGUUGUAUUGCUGAGUGAAAGCUGAUUUUUUCCCCUGUCUCUGUCUAGCGUCUGAGUGAGGGAGCCCUUUCCCCAGAUGGAACUGUCUUGGCCACCGCAAGUCAUGAUGGCUUUGUCAAAUUCUGGCAGAUUUACAUAGAAGGACAGGAUGAACCAAGGUAACUUCAGAAGCUCAGUUCUCUUGAUUUGGUGUGCCUCAAGCCUACUUACAUGCCCAGUCCCUUGCUCCAAAUAUAGUCUUAAUUUGGCAUGACUUUGUUGUUCUACAACAAUAUUCCUGGUGCUCUCCAGAUAUUUUGGGUUACAACUCACAUCAUCCUCUUUCCCAUACUGACCAUACUGACUGAAAUUGUAGUCCAAAGCAUCUGACCUCCAAGCUUUAUUAAAGUUCUUGUGCUCUAUUGUCUGACUGUCCACAUGUAAAUAAUGUUUGGAUUCUUGAGAGCAAGUUGCUGCCUAAAGGAGCCAUUUCACACCUGCAGUUAUGAAGGAGCGGGCUCUCAGUCAUCAUUUCUUUGAUUUCCUACCUAGGUGCCUGCAUGAAUGGAAGCCUCAUGAUGGUAGACCUCUCUCCUGCUUGCUGUUCUGUGACAACCAUAAAAAACAAGAUCCAGAGUAAGACAUGAUUCUGGUUUUUUUUUGCUAAGGAUGUCCCAUUUCCAGUGGGAAGCAGGACUGUAUGGAAAAAUAAAUACAUUUGCUCUGUAUUUACCCCACAAAGAUUCAUUGCUAUAAUAAAGUAACAGGACCCUACAGAUCAGUCAUUUACAACUUUCUGGUCUAGUUCCUCUAUUCCUCCAGGUGUAAGUGCUGGCAAGGAGGAGCCCUUAUGUCUGUAAAUUUAACUUAAAUAUUAUUUCAGAAGCAUUGUGGGAUGCAACAUAGGCAAGCCUUGUAGUGUUACCCUCAUUUCUUGAACACUUGUGGCUGGAGUGCCUAUGAGCCUGCCAUGAACCGGGAACCUAGUCUCUGGCUUCAAAUUUGGCAUCAGUUCUGGCUGCCUGUUGAUCCUUAAGCUUUAUUAAGGUUCCUGAGUUCUGUACUCUUUUUAAGAUUGUGUAAAUUAUAGGGAACAAGUUACUGGAAAACGAACUUCCCCUGUGUUUGCAGUAAGAGUAGAGUGUGGCAUAAUAUGACUUAGCACUGCUGCUGUGCCAGAAAAUGUUGAUAUACUUACCUACCUGCCCCUCAUUCCCAAGAAUAGCAUGGAAUGAGGAGCAGAUGCUGAGUGCCAGUUCUACCCAUGUGCCCCGCAGAAAACAACCCCUCUUUCCUCUUCCUUCCCCCUCCUUGCAAGAAGUUAAAAGACAGGGGAGCAGACCCACAGGAGAAUGGGUGAAUGCUCCCAGCAGCUGAUGGUGUGCUUCUGGAUUCCCUAUGCACACAUGAGUACAAUUCACAUGUCCUGUAGGUCCAGUCUCUGUACCACAAUCUUGUAAUGCUUUGGUUUCAGCAAAGAGAACCAGCCAGUUAAGAGAGUCUGGUAUCUAGUUGUUUUUGAGGAGAGGCAUCAACUUGAAUGAAAGAAAAUCUGCCAGUUAAGGAUUUUCAGAGGCUUGCUGUUCAGACUUUCACCCCUCUACACAAUUGGAGAAGGAAAGUAGGGGUGUGCUCACUGGCCCCACCACCUUCAUUAUGUUCCUGAGGGCUCAUAGCUAUCUUGACUUCUAUGGGUUUUGGCUGAGGUCUUGAAGUGGGGAGCCUUUUCUACUUCUAUAGGCACCCCACAUGAUUUAGGUCCCUGCGUGUUGAGAGUUCUGUAUGGCACAGGAAGCCUACAUAGAAAGAGGAGGCGUCCCAUGGCAGAAGUGGAGCCUGAAUGUGUGGAGGACUUGGAGAGACGGCCUGUUGGGAACGUGACAGAGCACAGCUAACAUCUCCCCACACCCCGACUCCCCACUCACAUGGCCGGAAUAAUGUGAAGGCAAACAAAUUAAUAAAGCUAUGGAGCAAGCAAAAUGGCCGUUUCUAGUCAUCACUCGUUCCUUCUCAUCCAUCCUUUCAUUUCUGCAGAGUUCCCUUCUGGAGGUUUCUCAUCACAGGAGCAGAACAGAAUCGAGAGCUGAAGAUGUGGUGCACUGUAUCAUGGACCUGCCUACAGACUGUCCGGUAAGUAUUGCCCUAGUCAUCAGUUGUGCACGGUAGGAGCCCGUAAUGAAUGUGUAUGUGUGGAAGGAUAACCGAGAAGGGCAACUAACAGUCUUCGUUCCCCUGCCAGUGAUUUAGCUCUGUGUUGGAGCAUCUGUCUUGCAUGUAGAAGUUCCAAGAUUCCGUCCCUGGUGUUUCUAGGUAGGAUUGGGGAAUGCUUCUGGUUGAAAUUCUGGAGAAUCGGAGUAGACCAUGCUGAACUAGAUGGACCAGUGGUCUGAUUCUGUAUAAGGCGGCUCUCUAUGUACCUAAAAAGGCAGGUUUCAGCAAUGCACACAACAUGUCGCUAAAGAAAAAGAUUAUUAGUAGACAUCUGAGGGAAACUGUUUUCACUGUGUCAUUUUCAGGUUUUCUCCGGAUAUAUUCAGCUCCAUGAGUGUCCUUCCUAGUUUGAAGGCCUGCCUGGAUCUCUCAGCUGAAUACCUGAUUUUGAGUGAUGUGCAGAGAAAGGUAGGCAAGUUCUGUUGAGAGGUUGGGUGCAAGAGGAAAAGGCAUCUGCAAUACUGCUAGGUUGGGAAUGUGGGGUCUGUUAACAUAUAAAAGAGAUGGUUGGGGCUAGGAGCAGCUGUUUGAUUAAGCAAAGCAUUCGGUUCCUUUUAGUGGGUGUAAACUUUUAAAAGUUCUCAUUUUCAGAAAAGUCUGUGAAUCCAGAAUUAGUUCAGUACUGCUGACCAACUUUCAUGCUGGGUUUGCGGAGAGGCGGUGUGUUGGCUUCUCCCAUUGUGCCUAGCCUGUUCCGUGGCCCAAGGUGCAGGUGCACUUGUGUCCUUCCUGGUACAAGAGCCCCUUAUUGCUUACGUUACUACAGGGUAUCUACCUGAUGCUUUCCUCUUAGGUCUUGUAUGUGAUGGAACUUGUGCAGAACCAGGAGGAGGGCAAAGCUUAUUUCAGCUCCAUCUCAGAGUUUCUGCUGACCCAUCCAGUCCUGAGUUUUGGCAUCCAGGUGGUCAGCCGCUGCCGGCUGAGACACACAGAGGUCCUGCCAGCAGAAGAGGAGACCGAUGGCCUUAGUGCAGGUGAGUGAUAAAAGAUGUGUCUCAUCAAAAGUAAGGAAGAGAAAGAUGACUGUCUCUCUGGUAGCUAGCCUGAUUCUCCCAAUGCUAUGCAAGCUUUGCCUCUCUAGUCACACAAAACCAUGGUUUACAAAGUUUAAUUGGUUUGUCAUGGUGUCCAAACCUGUAAAUCAUGAUUGGUCAUUGGCCCACAAACUAUAAUGUGAAACCCAUAGUUUGAAGCUGACUUGAAACCUGCCAUUUGCACUGAAGUCUGAAUUGUUGGUUUGGGAGUCUGCCAUGCCUGAUUGGAUGGAAACAGAAGUACUUGAGUGGCUCUCAGUUUGGGUUCCCGGUGGUCACCCAGCUAACAGUUUGUCCACUGCUUUGGUCUCGGCUGUUAAUGUGAUUGCCAAUAUAUCAACAGUGUAAGACAAAGAUGCCAAAACAGAAGCAAACAACAGAUGAUGCUAGAUUCAGGUAGGUAGCCAUGUUGGUCUGGUGCAGUCGAAAUAUAUUUAAAAAAUUGUCCAGUAGCACCUUGGAGACCAGCUAAGUUUGUUCUUGGUAUAAGCUUUUGUGUGCAUGCACACUUCUUCAGAUACACUGAAACAGAAGUCGCCAGACCUUUAUAUACAGUGGGAGGGUGGGGUGGGGUUUUUCUCAGGAGGGUAGUAGGAGUUGGGUGAUUGACUCAGUGGGUAUGGUAAACCUGUUGAUGACUGUUAAUGACUGUCAGUUUUUUGCAAUAGGCCAAAGCAGAGCAUUUAAGGGACAGCAUCCCAGGGAUUCCACGGGAAGUAGGCAAGAAAACACACAGUAUAAAUGAUGGUUUCAUUAUAUCUUUGGAGCACACCAUGGUUUGUUUUUAAACUGCUGUUAGCACAAACCAUGGUUUUGUGGGAUACUGGAAUUCUGUCAUAGUCUUUCUUCUCAAGUGUUGAGUGUUAGAAUGGUACAUACCCCCUUGGCUUCUUCUGCCUGAGAGCAGGUAAGGCUUGUACUUUUGUCCCUGAGCAUUUUCUUACAAUGUGAGCAGCCUUAUCCUACUUUACUCAGAAGGUGAGCAAGGAGGUUUUACCUGCUAAACAGGAAGGAAACAUGAUUUUUAAAAAAUAUUUUAAAAUGUUUCUGUUUGUACUGAUUAUUUUAAUAUUUCUUGUAAACCACUUAGAAGUUUUAUUACAACCAAGCAGUAUAUCUAUUUUGUUAUAAAGAAAAAUAAAAUUCCAUCCAUUUUUUUCUUCUUCCUAGAAGGUACACAAGGUACUGGAGCGAUAGAAUCAGCAGCGGGGGUGCUUAUCAAACUCUUUUGUGUCCACACCAAGUGAGUAUUAUGUAGAACAGCUGUUCUCCAGGCCUGCCUUUUAAUUUUGUCACAAGACUUUACUGACUUAAUACAGGCUCAGUUUUUGCCAGUCCACAAGACGGGAUGGUACCAUAGGUAACUAACUGCCUCUUAGCUGCCCUGGAGUGACCUUUCAUGCUUUUCCUCCAAACAGAGAUAACUUUUGCUUGCCACUCCCAAAACAGCAGUCCUAGGCUUUGUGACCAAAGGGUUACAUCAUAAUGAAAGUGGUUCUCACCAAAAUAAUUCCAGUUAUGUACCAAAUAAACCCUCAUUCUGCACUUGGAAUGCAAUGCAAAUAUUAGGUGCAGAUAAUGCAAACAUUUUGUUGUUGGGAUUAUGAACAUCUCUUUAAUAGGGGAUGUUGUGGAUUGCAGGACCACAAGGCAUGUGUGUGCAGGGGAGCAGUGGGGACCCAAUUGCACCUGUGCAUGAAGCUUUAGCAAACAAGCUACAAGUGUCAGAUGCAAAUGAGAAGUGACAGCGGAGUACACUGUUUUAAUGGAAUCUCUGUCUGCUACUGGUCUUCUUUUGCACAAAGCAGUGUUGCUUGUUUAGCAUGCUGUUUGCCUAUUGAGGCCGAGUUUGUAAACCAAAACCAUCUAUCUGGAUGUUGCAGGGCCCUUCAGGAUGUGCAGAUCAGAUUCCAGCCUCUUCAUAGUCCAGACACAGCUGCUCCAAUUCCUCCCCAUGGCUCCCAUGAAGAUUUUGGUGAGUCCUCUAAAAAAUAUUUGUGUUUCCUUGUUAACUUGACUAUCCCAUCUGGUAUCAAGGUACCCUAAUUUGAAUGUUUGCUAUCUCUCAGAGCUGACAAUGGAAAUUCUUGCUAGUGCUCGAGAAUUCUGGAUCCCGAGUCUGUUGUAGUUGCUGGGUUAUUUUUGGACUGUGGGCAAUCCUUUUGUCAAUUGUGGUACUUCAUUUCAGGAAAGGGACCUUAAUUCAGUGGUAGAGUACAUCAGAAGAUGUAUUGGCUUGUUUAUUACAUUUAUUUAUAUCUACGUUUAGUCCCUGGCAUUUCCAGUUGCUGCCAGCCAGAGUAGACCAUUCUGGGCUAUAUGAACAAAGAGUCUGAUCUGGUAUAAGGCACCUUUGUAUAGCCUAGGUUUCUCUGCCUCUGGACAAAAUCUUGCCUGGCCCUGACUUUUGCUGCUGAGUCUCUGGGAAUACCCAGGGACUUUGGUUUGUCUUGCAAUCUGUACCCCCACCCCUCCCUAACCUGUGUGUGUUAAUAUUAAUUUAACUGAGUGGCUGGUGGAAGGAGCCUGUGUGGUUUUAAAUGUCUGUUUUCUCUGUACAAGUUGCUUUUAAACUGUCUGGUGUGUUUUGAAGCAUUCCCAGAUCACCUUGCUGACCUGGGCGCAGAAGGGCUUGGAUCAGAGAAGGGAUCCGUGCAUGGCUCACAGCCUGACUUGCGCCGCAUUUCAGAGCUAUCUGUUCCCGUGGAUUUCCUCUCCCCUUCCAAUGACACAAAACCCAAGCUCAUGACUCCAGAUGCAUUCAUGACUCCCAGUACAUCUCUGCAGCAGGUAACCUCCUUAGAGUGUGUUUCAGAUGGGAGCAAAUUCCUUUGCUGCCUUCAAUUUGGACAUUAUAACGUAAAAGACUUGGGAUUGCUUAUAGCACGAGUGGAGAACCUGUGGCCCUCCAGAUGUUGCUUGGAAUGAUGGGACUUCUAGACUCUACUGGCCGGGGCUGAUGAGAGUUGUCUUCCAAAAUAUCAAGAGAGCACCAUGUUGGGGAAAUCUGGAUUAGAUGGUGCUCAGGACAAUAAAGAACAGAGAAGCAAUUUCCACUGUUCCUUGUAUAUAUUUUUAAGCCAGCAGUUACUCAAAUCUGUUCUAAGUAUUAAUUGGAACUAACUAUUUGACCCAAUUUGUAUACCACUUUGUAUGCCACUUAAUUGUAAGUAAAACCUCUGAGCUGUUUACAAAGAAUAUAAAAUAUACAUUAAAAAUGUCAGUAAAAGUCAAAGUUAAAAACAAGCUUUAAAAAAGUCAGAAUUGUAAGCAGAAGUAAGGAGAGUAUGGUGCUUCUUAUAAUGGCAAAAUAGUUUUCAGGUGGUGCAGAGUUAAUUUACUCCAUAUAUAUAUAUCUUAUGUAGUACAAGAGGAGUGUUUACUAGCAGGCAAUACUGUGUAUGUAUUCAGUUAAGUUUUCUAACACCACUGAAUUUUCUGUGCCAGGUCACAGUGUCACCUGGAAGCAGCAUUAGUUCCCUCACAGCUGUCACAACCAUGAGCACUUCUUCCGUCAGUGACCCCUCUAUUCCCAGGUAAGCCCUAGGCAAGGACUCCUUCCCAGUGCUACCCACUGAGUACUUUCAGGGGCUAGGAGACUCCCUUCAGAAUCAGGCAUGAAAAUGAAAUGGCUCACACGGAUAUCUCAGGGAGCUUUUUUAAAGGCGGAGCUUCUGUCAUCUUCAGAGUUGCAGCUGUCAAGUGCACUAUCCCUAUUCCCAAGGAAAGGCAUCCCCUUUGUUCUUCAGCUCAAUUCCCCAGAACAUUUCCUGAGAUUUGAUGGUUUUGCUUCAUAUAAUUGGAAUAAAUAGCAGAAGCUGGUAAUGAAGUGACCUUGUAGGCAGAUAGUGGAGGAUCCUAGACCUGCAGGACAGGGGAGGAACCCCUGUUCCUUGGAAUAUAGCUGUAGGAUAUAGAAGAGCACAGAGGCCAGUUCAGCAUUGUUUACCAGGGAAGAAUCACAAGGGGCCAUUAGGCUUCACUUCAGUCACUGCUCUCCCGCUAGCUUCUCACCACAGCUCUGAAUUACUUGAAGGAACGGAUGACCAGCUCUUGUAGGUCCCCUUCUAGCUUUUUAGCAUUCAUUGUUUCAGCUUCUCCCAUACAGUGUCCCCCAAGGAAGUCUUCUUUAUGAGAGUGUUGCUUGGGUGACAGUCCCAUAGGACAGUAAAGUCAAUGGCACAGUUCCUUAAGCAUGCUGUGGUCAGAACCCUUCUCGAACCCUUUUCCCUGGGCUGAUUUUUAAUUGGGGUUUGCAAGACCACUCUCUUUUGUAACCUCUAUGGGCAAUUUGCCUUUUGCCCUGCAGGCCAGCUGAAGAAGUGUCUCUGAGCCCAAAGAUGCAGCUGGAUAGCAGCCUUACCCUAAGCGGCAGCAGUGGAAGUCUGCAGACAAGCCCUCGAAGUCAUUCAGUCCUCCUCCCUGGCCUUCCUGACAAACUGACCCCAAAGGCCCCCAUCCCGGUAAGGUGGAUUCUCCAUGAGCAUGCAAAGAUUUACCUUUCUCCCUGACUGUGUCAUUGUCUACACCGUGUGCAUGUGGUAUGGGGGCCCAAAGCCACUGGAGCACAGGGGGUGGGGAACCAGUCCCCCUCCCUAGAUGUUACUGACUACAACUCCCAUCAACCUUAACCAUUGGCCAUGCUGGCUAGGGCUGAUGGGAGUUGGAGUCCAGCCAACAUCUGGAGGCCCAAAGGUUCCCCACCCCUGCACUAGAGUGCACUGGUCUCGGGUAUACUGUCUGAUUUCUGCCAUGCUGAGUUCAACGCAUGUGUUCUUCACCAUAAAUAGGAAGAGGGGGUGCCCCAACGUGGUCAUUGCAUGUAGAAAAAUAUAUUUGCUUAUGUAAGUUGUCCCAAGACAUAUAGUUGUAUCAAGCUGUGUGUUAAAGGUAUACAGGUAUUCCCCAUGACCUCUUUUCAGCCCUGAGUUUCCUGUGCCACCUAGAAUCAUAGAAUUGUGGGUUAUCUCAUGUUGUGAGGAUAAAACUGGGGUAAUCAUAUAUGCUGCCCUAAGAUCUCUAAGGGAAAGGCCUACUAAAAACAGAGUAAUAAAAUGAUCAGUAAAUAUUGCAAAACUUUUAAUCUGUUUCCUCACUAUGUACAAAUCAUCAUCAUGUUUUCGAUUUGCUGUGUUAAUUGUACACUGCUUUGGGGGCAUCUUCCAAAAAGCAGCCUAUAUAUACUUAAAAUAUAAGGAAGAAAAAGUGGGAUUAGGAAGGAAGGUUGUCAAGACAAUUGGGCAUCUAAGUAAACUCUCUAGGUAGUGUAGAGAAUGGAAGGGAAAGGUUAACUUUUUUCCUUCUCUGGUCAAGGUUUCCCCAGGGAACGCCCCUCUUGCGCUAGAGCGGCAGGAAGUGGAGCCUCUGGUGGUGCCCCAGUCUUCGCCUACUCGUGAGCGCUCCCCAGACGUCAUUUCCUCUGCCUCUACCGCCAUGUCUCAGGACAUCCCAGAGAUUGCCUCUGAGACCCUGCAGCGCAGCUUUGGAGGCGGCCCCCCUGGGCUCCCCACAGAGAUCCUGGAUUCCAACCAUCACGCGGACAGUAUGGCUUCCGCAGCAUCAGCCUUGCACUUGCUCUCCCCGCGGAAUCGUCACAGCUCGGAGCACAGCCAUCACUCCUUGGACAUGGCCCCCAAUGAAGUGGACAUGCUGACUGCGCCUUCGCUGCUGGAGGCAGCCUUACCUCAGGAAAACGUGGCUUCUGACGCUGGCGUGAGCCAGCCGUGGCCAGCUGCCCCUGACAUCACCAGGGAGACCAGGAACAGCAUGGCGGACAGGUACCUGCUUUCUCCUUCCUUUCUUUUGGGGAAGCACCAGUCUUGGCCCUCCAGAUGUUUUUGGAGUCACAGCCAGCACAGCCAAUGGCUUUGGAUGUUGGGAGUUGUAGUCCAGCAAGAUGAUGUCCAGGGUCACAAGUUCCCUUAUAUGGGCCAUCACAUGUUGUCUUGAACUCCCAUCUCCUUUCUACACUGGAAGAUCAGCAGCUGCCUUAUCCUAGGUCAGCUUAUUUGUCCAUCUGGCCCAUUGAGUAGGCAGUGGUGAGAGUGGCUCUCCUGGAAUGUCAGGGAUAGAGAGGCCUAUGCCAGCCCUGUCACAUGAUGCCAGGAAUUGAACCUGGGGAUUUCUGCAUGCAAAGCCUGUGCUCUGCCACUUCCCCUCCACCUAUUGCAGCCAUGUCUAGUGUUGCAUAGUAUUUAUUAGAUUGUCAAGCUAAGGUUGUAGAGACCCAGGUUCAAAUCCCUUCUCGGCCACGAGGCUCAUUGGGUGGCCUUGUUAUCUCUUUGCUUAACCUAAUUCAGAAGGUUGUUAUAGGGCUAAAAUGGAGGAGGAGGAGAGUGAUGUGCCUUGCCUUGGAGGCUAUAAGUAAAAUAAGAGAUAAUAGGUAUCCAUUGACUCAAUUGCUGCCUAAACCCAGCUCUACUGUUUGGCCCUUUCUUUUAAUGGCUAUGUUUGGUUUGAGCCCACAAGCCAGUCUGAAAGAAAAUCAUACUUGCUCUGGGUGUUUAGCACAGAAAUGAAAACUUCAGCACUUACUUUGUACCUGAGUGCUCAGCUCCCAUCCUUUGCAUGGAUGAGAUCUGAGACUUCAGUACUUGCCAGAGUACCCCACCAUACCAACUGUCUUGUGCCCUGAAGCCAGCAGUAGGGGUGCUACUAGUGGUCCUACCUGUGAGUGCUGCUCAUUAUGCAGGGGCCUGGAAGAGGGCCUUAUCUGUGGUGGCACCCCAGUUAUGGAACUUCCUCCACUCAUAAGCAUGGAUUGCCACCACGUUAAUGGGUUUUGCCAGACCCAUUUGCUUAUAAAAGCCUUUGGCGCUGACUGUUUUCUCCAAUUCAGACCUCUUUCUUGUUCCAUUGUUGAGUGGCAUGAAAACUGCUAAGAAUUAUUUUGUAUACUUUGAAUGGUAUGAUACUUUGUUUGUUUUGAGUUCUAGCCAAUGUUAGAUCUGCUCAGAGUAGAUGGACAUAACUAACAUAGGCCCGUGAAUUUCAGUGGGUCUCCUCUGAGUACUUAUACACCCUUUCUUACUAUAGCUGUAUAUUUCUAUGGAAGCUCGCUUUGAAGUCUGUGUAACAUAAAGGGGCACAUAAGAAAGUUAGAUAAAUAAAAUGAGGCAAAAUAAAUUCAGUGUGAUGGAAGUGUUUCCUCCUUUUCCCUGGUCUCCCCUGCCCUUAGCCCCAGGAAUGAAGUGGAAGAAAAACACAAGAGCUCCUACCACAGGCACAGCUACCACCUCCUGCAGCAUGACAGCCAGGAUGCCAGCGCUGAACAAAGGUAUUGGCAGGUGCCAAUCCCCCUCUCUUUCCCCUUUGCAGUUUUCUGAUGGGCUCAGCGGACGUUUCUGGGCACAGUGAAUCAGUUGAAUUUUCACCUCGUUUUUGCUCACUGAGGACACAUGCUGCCCUCUAACCUUCUGCAUGCAACAACUGGCUGCUUAUAACUGGAAUUUGGAUGUAGCAUAUGCCCUACUGACACGUGCAAUACCUCAGGCUCCUUCUGCCUGUGACACUAGUGCCACAGGCUGGCUAAUCAUGAUGGUACAAAGCUGGGUCCCUUAGAUAAGAGCGGAGCUAUCUUUGUUAAAUUUUGAAACUAGAGGCGGCUUUCUUGUAGAAGAAUGUGGCAGCGUCAAUUGGCACAUUACCCCAGUUCCCCUUAGGUGGCUUCUGCCCCUUUUCUGUUGCUGACCACAGGGUCUGCCUUAAGACUGCUGUGUUGGGGCAAGUACUCAUCAGGACUGGCUUCCCUCUGCAGUGACCAUGAUGAUGAAGUUGCAAGCUUGGCUUCUACGUCUGGUGGGUUUAGUGCCAAAGCAGCUGCACAGCGGCUGCCUGUGAAGGACUGGAAAGCCAAAGUGUCGCCUCGAGCAUCCCCAAAGCUAAAGAGGAAGGGGAAGAAAGAUGAUGGGUGAGCAUAUGCUGCUUGGAAGGUUGGGAAUGGUGGCAAAGUGGAGCCUCCUUAUAAGGCUGGAAACGGUGGUAGGGCUUGUAUUAAGUGACCAAGCCUCUGUGAACCUGUGAAGCCAUAGGCUCUAGCUUUCCCCUCUUCUCCUCAGCCAGGAGGAGGAAUAAAUCAGGAUUCUGUGCUUCUUCCCUGAUUCGUGGCUUGUCAUUACAUACAAACCAGGAAUCAGGAUUUAAAAUAAAACCUAGUUUGCAAAACAAGCCAGCUUCAUAACCCACGAAUGGCUUGAAGGCGACUUGUUUUGAAGUUGAUUGGAAUUAAUUUUAAACCAUGAUCCCUGUUUUGCUCGUCUCAACGAGCCCGGAAUUGGCGAAAUUAGAAAUGAAUCCUGCGUUUGUUCCUCCUCUUGGUCAUUAGGGAGGAAGAGAUGAGCAGAAGGGUAGAAAAUUUAUUCAUAAGUCUUCAUUCAGUUCUCUGUACUUUUCAGUUGGUUGGUGGGUGGGUGGGUGUAGAGGUAACCAUCCUGUAGCAGAGCCAUUUCCAGUCAGAAAAGACACACUUUAUUUUUUUUGAAGCAGUCAGAACAUUUGUAGCAGGCCACAUUUCUGGUAUAAUCCCCCUGGUUAUGCAUGCAGUGCUUGUGAUGUGCAAUUCACGCAGUUGUUGCAUUAACAUCUUCCCUUCAUUUCCAGGGAUGUGCAACAGUCCCCAAGAGCCUUUGAUCAGCAGGUGAGUAUUUUUCUUUUAGAAAUUCCAUAUACAGCAAAGCUUUCAGUUCUUCCUUCCCAAAAGGUGGGGUGGGGAACUUUUUCUUGUGUCAGGGAUCAAAAAUGGGACUCUUCUCUCUCUCCUUCCUCAGCCCUCUUCCUCCUAGUCUAGCAGGCUGCAGGGAGAGGGAAAAGUCACUUUUGCCAGAGAUUCCAACUCACUUCUUGCACUGAGCUUCCCUUCCUUCUAUAGCUCUGUUCAUUUCAGCUCUCUUUCUCUCUCUCUCUCUCUCUCUCCAUGCUCCCCACAUGAAAUCAGGACAAGGUGUACCAGUUCCACAUUCCUGCCAUGGGGAAUGCCCUGCAUCUCUUCCUCCUAUGGAACUGUACAGAUUUAGGGUUCAAAGACUCAAUUUUUAAAAGGUGGAGAAGUGUGUAAAUGGACACCCCCAUGUCUUAUGCCCCUUUUUAACAUUAUUAUGUUCUCGUCUGACGCCUUUUGCUAAAACUCUGGCCACUGCUUUUUUAUAUAUAGUUCACCCAUCGCCAACCUAGUGCCAUCCAGAUGUUUUGGGGUACACCAAGUCAAUUACAGCUGUUAUAGAUUGUCCUCAUCCAUUGUCUAAAUUCCUUUUGGGAAUCCACAAAUGAAGGAUUAUGUUACCAUAUUCCUCCACGAAGAUACUCAUCUGAGCCUGGGACUUUCUGCACCUUGAGAUUUGCUAAAUUUGCUUUGUUGGCCUUCUCUGAAGUGGCUCCCUAUCAUUGGGUUGAACUCUUUAUGUUGCUGCCUCCCAUGUAACACAGAGAGGAUCCACUGAGAGUGCUUGGAGUGUUUACAUUUCCCCUGCCUCCUCUUCCAAUAGGUCGCUCCUGAGUACCAGGAUGAGCUGUUGUCUCUUCUGAGGACCCAGCAGAGGGAGAUUGUUGAACUGAGACAGAACCAGAUGGAACUCAUGCAGAGGCUCACCGACCACCUGGAUGCUGUGCAGAGCUCCCUCAUGGGCCACAUUGAGCGAGUGGUGGAUUCCCAGCAAGAGCAGGAGCGUAUCCUUCCCAGAAAAGUGCCUUCUGGGCCCUUCUCUGUCAUGGGCUUGUCCCAUUCAAAGCUGAGCGCUUAUCAGGACUGUGGCCAGUUUCUGUUGGAAUCCCUGAUUCUUUUUUAAAACCACAUGUUUAAAUAUAGCUGACUGCUUUAUGAAGGGAAAUGUCCAUUAAAUGUUAUUGUGUCUAGUUUAGCCAUUACUCUGUCCCGGAGUGGGGAACCCCAUUCCCAAGCCACGCCUCUCAUCAGUCCUACUCCAUGCUUUUGAAUGCUUUUGCUUAGCUGGAAUAAGACACCAGCCUCCUGCUUCUCUGGGUGACCAGCAGAGAAAUUGGGGGCGGGGUGUGUGUGUGUGUGUGUGUGUGUGUGUGUGUAAAACCUCUUAACUUUUUCAAGGCUGGAAUGUUGCCUGCUGUCCAAAGGCAGGAGUUGUAUCCAUUGCUCCACCCACUUUUUUCUCUCUGGCCACACCCACCAACAACAUUUGGCUCCCAGGAGAUGGCUGCCAAGGGAAUGUGGCCCUUGGGCUGACAAGGCUUCCCUGCCCCUGCUAUAAAAAGAGUGACAGAGGAGAAAAUAUCCAGCAAACUAAAACCCAUACCAUAACAAAGAAAGUGGAUGAUAUUCUUAAUAUUAAAUCAUGAUUAAUUUUAGAAUGCAUUGGAACAAUGAGUGCAAUAUAAUGUGUUGAUCGUGCACACCUUUUAAGACCUUUGUUAUAUUUGUCUAUAGAAUUUAUUCCAUAGUUUCCUCUCUUCCUUCUGUGGUGGAGGUUAUCCAGGAAUGGUUAUUUCUGUCUUCUCUCUCUUUGUAGGUAAGGCUAAACAACUGCCUUAGUGCUUGGGUCCCCUUCAAUGAGAAGAGCCUCUUAAGUUCCAGUCCUGAAAGAAAAGGCGUGAAAUACCACUUGUAGAAAAUAAAACUAAAUAUAUACUGUUAACCUUCAUUAUAAAAAGUUUUUUAAUGAAAAACAUUCAGGUCCUGCUUGCUAUAAGCUUCUGGUUGGCCACUGUGAGAGCAGGAAGCUGGACUUUGAUGGGCUUUUGGCUUGAUCCAGCAGAGCUCUUCUUAUGUUCUUACAUUUGUAUCCUGCUUUUCUUCCAAGCACUCUUCUAUUUUUUUCCUUGCAAAAACCCUGUGAAGUAGGGUUUGUACUCCAAAGGCAAUAUAUGCAGAUAGGUGUAUAUAAAAACAUUUUUUUCAUUUAUUUUUUGCUGGUGUUGGUGGCAGCAGUGCUUGUAAGGUAUGAGGAAUGAGGAUCCCAUCUCAUGGUUUGGGAGGAAGCUGCCCCAUGCUAGGUCAGGCUGUUGAUCAUCUAACUCAGCAGCGGCUGUCCACAGAGUUGAGGGCCGAGGCCUCUCCCAGCAUCUGCUGCAUCUUCCUUUGUUGGUGGCACAGACCAUUCGUCUGCCAUGCAUGUCCCCUACCACAGAGCCAUGGUCUCUCCCUUUGCUUUCCUUAACUCUUGUGGUUUCAGAGCGGAGGCUGGACCAGGCCUUAGCUGAGGGACAGCAGCGCAGUGGGCAACUGCAGGAGCAUCUGUCCCAGCAGCUUUCCCAGUCCCUCUCCACGGCUGCCUGCAACCGGCUGGAAAGGACCAUCCGCGAGGAGAUGAAAAAGACGGUGCCCCCGUGUAAGUCCCGCAUCUUGGAUUCCGAUCAGUUUGCAAAACAACAAAGGAGGUGCUUCUUUGGAAGUAGAGCAGCCUUCUCCAUCCUGCCCCCCCCCCGAUGCUUUAGACUACAACUCCCAACGGUGCUGCCUGGGAGUGUUGGUCCAUCUAGAGGGCACCAAGCUGACAAAGGCGGCAGUAAGCAGUUAUCCUGUGGUGCCCAGGAAGCUUUCUGGCAUGGGGUUUGGAUUUUGAAGAGAAAAACAGGAAAGGCAAUUCAGCCAGCCCAGUGAAGAUCUGGGUUCCCAGGAUUUGCUGAGAGCAGAGCCCAAGAGUUUUCUCUGCUGCAGAUAAGCGACCCGUUCCAGUUUCUUUCUCCCAGGAGAGUUAACAAAGCAGGAAGGAUUGAUGCCAUUGUUUCAAGGGAUGGUCCAUGCAUGGACCUCUCCCAAGGUCCUCAUAUACUUCUUUAUUUAUUUAAGAGGGAUAAAAUGGGGUCAUGACUUUUGUUUUACUGUCUCUCUGCUAACAAGGCGUUUCCAAGACUUUGGAUCCCAUCACUGGGCAGCUGAAUAACACCAUUGCCACCAAGCUUACAGCCAUUGAGGGAACACUGAAGGAGAACGUCACCAAACUGGUGAAAUCAAAGGUAAUGGGUGGGGUUGGCUGCUGGGAGCAGAUCCGUGCCAGUUUGACAGGGAGGGAAGCUGGUUUGUGGUGCUUGGGUAGCGAGCGCUGGUCAGGCUGCCCAUUCAGCUGCAACACUGCUGCCUCCUAGCGCCUUUUCAAGGUGUUGAUGUGCUAGGCCAGACACUGCCUCAUAUUUUUGAUGGCUGUGACACCUUUUUAGACCAGAAACCUCAGUGAACGGAGCUGUGAUUGUGUUUUGAUUGCAGAACCUUACAGAUGCCAUUGCCCGGGCGGCUGCCGAUGCCUUGCAGGGCCCCAUGCAGUCGGCAUACAGGGAGGCGUUUCAGAGUGUGGUGCUUCCUGCUUUUGAGAAGAGCUGUCAAUCAAUGUUCCAGCAGAUCAAUGACACCUUCAAACAAGGCACACAAGAAUGUAUGCCCCACUCUCUGCUUCUCUCUUUUUCAGCUUUGUAUACUGUCAGCCGUGGGAAACACUAGUUUACAGAACUGUGGGGCAAAGAAGAGCCUCCAGAAAGCAGGAAUGCCCUUUUGAAAAGCCAUCAUCAUAUCCAAUAGCCUUGAUAGGUUUCUCUUUCAUGAAUCUGGAGGGGUGUGUUUCUUAAGGCUACCAGCCACUAUGGUUAAAUGGAACAUCCCAUGCUUGGAGGCUACCAGAAGGCUAUGUAGAAAGACUCAUACCUCUUUCUCCAGCACGUCGGCUUCCUAGAAGCAGCUAAGUAGUGUGGUAACAGGAUUCUGGGCUAUGUAGACUUAUGGUCCAGUGAUGGCUGCUAGCCAGGACUGCUCUUAAGGUGAUAAAGCUUCAACACCUUUUGCCAAGCUCAGGCCUAAGCAGCUGGUGCAGAACACAGGAGUGGCACAUCACUCCAGUCCUACAGACUAUUUUUCUGUUGAUUUUAGGGUACAAUUCAUGGUUCAGAUUUUGACUGAUGAAGCACUUCCUUGACUUGAACAGCAGUAUAUUUUGGAGCCUGCUUGCUCCACGAGACCCCUUCUCGUUCUCCUAAAUUACAAGUGCCUUCUUAGCAGUACCUUUUAUGACAAAAAGGGUGAACCAGGAGGCAUUCUCAGUGGUUGCUUCAAGACACUAGUGCCCUCUCCAUUUGAAAAAAAUGCCUGAGCAUCCCUUGAGAAGGUCAUCCUCUUCAGGUCAGCUUUUAGGAGCCAGGGUUCAGCUGGUAGCUCAGGAUACCUAAUACUUGUUAAAUCUUUAAGGUUCUUGAAUGGGGCUCAAAUGAAUUGUUAGUGAGAUGCUUUCUCCUUUCUUACUGCCCAGAACCUUUGAGAAUAGGGCAAUGCUCCUGGUAAAGAGUCUUGUGGUUGCCAUUGGAGAAACACAAUGUGAGCGUACCAGACCAGCAGUUUAGGCAAUGGCCCAAAUCUCUCUCGAGCAUUUUCACAUUGUGCUUUCAGAAAACCCCUGUUCCUCAGCAGAAAUAAAAAAGGUGCCUUUGAUCAGGGGUGGGAACCUGCAUCCCUUCAGAUGUUAUUGGAUUAUAACUCCCAUCAUUUCCUGCCUGCAUGGCCCAAUGGCCAGGGAUGAUGAUGAUGAUUUUAUUAUUUAUAUCCCACCCAUUUGGCUGGGUUUUUUCAGCCACUCAGCUUCCAGCACAUAUAAAAACAUAAUGAUAGGGUUCGUAGUCCAGCAACACCCAGAGGGCCACAAGUGAGGCCCAUCCCUGCAUUAGACAAAACUCCUGUGUGUUUUUUUGUGCCUUGCUGCAGAGUUUAAAGUAUGAAGGCUUCAGGAACAUGAAGGGGAGUUGGAUUUGAGAUUGAUGUGGUAGAGAGGCCAGAGGCCGUGGGAAUGGACUCCAACGGUACCCAGCUGGCUUUUGAGUAAUUGUGAAUUUUCUCUUGUAGAUAUUCAGCAGCUGGAGACCCACAUGAAGAGUAAGAAAGCGCGAGAGCAGGAUGCCCGGGACUCUGUGGUGAGCCAGCUCCGGCAGCUGGUCAACAACUUCCAGAGCACAACUGAUCAGCUGGCAGCCACCAUUACGGCCAGCAUGCACUCCGAGGUGCAGCAUCAGCUUCAUGUCAUCGUGGGCAAGUGAGUGGCAGAGCAGAUGGGGGCAUCUCCCAUAGAAAAAAGGGCAAAACAGAGAGUCUUGCGCCAGAUUAAUAGCAGUGGGUCCUGAGAUCUGCAUGAAACUGACUCAUCUGAUCCUUCACGUAUAAGAUGAGAAAACAGGGCACACACAUCCUUUGAAAUUCCCCUGCCCUGCCACACUGGUCAUAAGCAGUGCAGUUUUCUGUUCAUACCAGCUGAGAAAUAUCAGUAUUGGAAGCUUCCCUACGUCCAGGGUCUCCUCUGCUCUGUCUUGGGAAUGGGCACAGUGUUCAGAGAACGAAAUGGGAACGUUAUCUGGAAUCAUGUACAACCAGUCUCUUGCUCCUGCAGACUUCCCACUACUGUCCUCUCGCCCUCGGCCCCCCAGAUCUACACAGCCCCUCCAAGUUCCCUUUUCCCUUCUCUCCAGCAUGCAGGAGUCCAUCCUGGCCCAAGUCCAGCGGGUGAUCAAAGGGGAGGUGAGCAUGGCCAUGAAGGAGCAGCAGGCUGCUGUCACCUCCAGCAUCAUGCAGGCCAUGCGCUCUGCUGCAGGCACUCCAAUCCCUGCCACUCACCUUGACUUCCAGUCCCAGCAGGCUCACGUGUUACAGCUGUUGCAGCAGGGGCACCUGAAUCAAGCCUUCCAGCAGGUACGCAUCUCUCCAACCAUAGAGGCAACACACUGGCCACGCAACUGCUCUCUGAAGGACCCAGAUGGCCACAUCCUCAAGGAAGCAGGCACAAAGCUCAGUUAGAGAGAGAACCGUGAGGUUUUUAAAGAGAAGAAACCCGUGACUCUCCAGGUGUUGCUGGACUCCAACUCCCAUCAGCCCUGACCAGAUAGUCAAUGGGCUGGGAUGCUGGGAGUUGUAGUCCCAACAGCUUCUGAUGGAUCACAGGUUCCCCAUCCUUUUUGGAGGCAUCGUUCUGGGAGUCACAAAGGGGCAACUGGUGGUCUGCCUUAGAACCAGCAGGGGGCGCCCAGAGCAGCUGUCUUAUAGUUCAAAGUGUAUCAUUUAAGCAUGACUACGUAGCCCUGCUGGUGCAUAUAUAACCAAUCUAUAUGUUGUCUGUUCAAGGCAGUUUAGUAUGGAUUAAAAGUUGCUGUGUCUUUCAUACUUCCACUCAAGUUUGAGGAAAGGGUUGUUUUCCAUCAGUGUUUUUAAGUCUGUGAGGUUUAUAAGAUAGGGUCUGGUGUGGAGAAAGUGGAUAGAGAUAUUUUUUAUUCUUCUCUUAUUGUAGUAGAACUUGGGAUCUCCCAGUGAAACUGACUGGCAGUAUUCAGAGGGAUUGCUGUGUUAAUCCAUUGCAACAAAUACAGCAGAGGCUUGUGGCACCUUUUUAGAGACCUAACACAUUUAUGACGCCAUAUGUUUUAGUGGACCAGACUCCACUUCAUCAGUUGCACAAAGUGUAAUCCUAAAUUGGCCGCUAUAUAUACAUGCACACAGUUGGAUGGUGGUAUGUGUGCCAACAGCAAUAGCAGGCUAUUUAACAUCAGUCACUCAUUUGUUUGUGUCCUGCUUUUCCACAAGAUGGUAUCCAAAGCGGCUUUCAGCAUUGUAUGAACAAAACGGCCAAGAGUACUGCGUUAUUGUGCUCAAAGCCAUAUUCAGCCAUAUUGAGCUUCUCUAGAAAUGUAGAUUUCUAACCAGGGCACUCUCUUCUCUCUACAGGCUCUCACUGCAGCAGAUUUGAACCUAGUCCUCUACGUCUGUGAGACAGUUGACCCUCAGCAAGUGUUUGGGCAGCAUCCUUGCCCACUGUCCCAGCCUGUCCUCUUGUCUCUCAUUCAGCAGCUCUCCUCAGAUUUGGGAGCUCGGACAGAACUGAAACUGAAGUGAGUAUCGCCCAGUGGUGCCUAAUGGUAGAUGCAGACUUUCCUUCCACAGGGAAGUGGCAAGUGCUUCCUACACCAGGACCCUGUAUGUUCCGCCCUUUAAAAUGCAGACAAAAUUCCUGCAUCUGGGAAAAACUUGCGUUAUUUAUCUUACUUUGUAUAAGUCUGUUUUUGCUGGCCAUGGAAGGAUGCCGUGCAGGACGCUAAAGGCCCAGCUGCACCUGCUAGACAUCUUAUUCAGCUAUCUCUUAUUUCUGAGUUUAACAGACGUUGUACACAUACCUUCAAGUGCAUCUUUGCAUCCAUAAGGUCUGGAAACUUGCUUUCUUCACACAUAAAACUGAGAAACUUGGGGAGCUCAAUUCUGCCCAUUCCCUACCCAUUCGUGGAAUGUCAUUGUACACACAUGCCUGCAGUUUUGCAGCCAUGAUCACAACCGUGCUGUGCUCUCUCUCGCCUUUGCAGUUACCUGGAGGAGGCAGUGAUGCAUCUAGACCACAGCGACCCCAUCACCCGCGACCACAUGGGCUCUGUGAUGAACCAAGUGCGGCAGAAGCUCUUCCAGUUCCUGCAGGCAGAGCCUCACAACAGCCUGAGCAAGCCGGCCCGCCGACUCAUGAUCAUGCUUCAAGGCCUGGUCACACCCAGCAUGUCCUAACAAGGCUCGCGCAGCCUCUCCACAAGGGCGUCCAUCAUUGCUAACCAAAUGUGGCUUUUUCUUUUCUUUUUCUAAUGCUCUUGCUGGGAAAAUACUUCCACGCUACAAAUGUGUGGGAUGGAUAGAAGGGUCUGAGCCCCAGCUGUGUUAGCCCCGUAUAAUCCAGUUCUUUUCUGUGUGAGCAGACCAUGGCCCUACCCACCACCUGCCUCUCUUUGUACUGUACAAGUUAGAUGCGCAGACACUAAUCCCAUCUUCCUCCUAUUUUCUAGCUUGGAGCCCCUCCCCAAGAAUUUGAGGGGUUUGGCAGAGCUUGGCAAGCCUUGCCCUUUUGUUUCAGGAGUACCCUGCCAAGGGAGUCAGAGGUCAAAGGUGCCAGCGGGUUGUGAGUCACAGCAGCCAUAGUGAAGUAUUGCCUCCACCUGCGCGGCUUGUGGGUGAGGGAUGAAAAGUUCAUGAAGCCCACCCGUCCUGGGAAACAGCGUUGGUUCUUUGUGUGGUGGAGCAUGUUCAUGAGUUAGACAACUCCUUUCAUCAUUAUUAUUAUUUUGCUUUUACACCACUUUUUUCCUUUUUAUCUAGACUCUUAAUCUUUCAUUUUUGAAUAAUGUUUAACAAGUUCAAUAAAUGACUUUUUUGGAGGAAAAAAAA